AUGCCGCCUUCACAUGGAGUGCAGCCUUCACAUGGAGUGCUGCCUUCGCAUGGAGUGCUGCCUUCACAUAGACUGCAGCCACAAGGUGUGUUGUCCUCAAAAGAUGAGCUUUCCUUCACAAGGAGAGCAGCCUUUGGAAGGAGUGGAGCCUUUGCAAGGAAUGCAGCCUUUGCAAGGAGUGCAGCCUUUGCAAGGAGUGCAGCCUUCGCAAGGAAUGCAGCCUUCACAUGCAUUGCAGCCUUUGCAAGGAGUACAGCCUUAGCAAGGAGUGCAGCAUUCGCAAGGAGUGGAGCCUUCGCAAGGAGUGCGGCGUUCGCAUGGAGUGCAGCCUUUGCAUGGAGUGUGGCCUUUGCAUGGAUUUCAGCCUUCACUUGGAGUGCAACCUUCACAUGGAGUGAAGCCUUCACACGGAGUGCAGCCAUUCAUAUGGAAUGCAGCCUUCACAUGGAGUGCAGCCUUCACAUGGAGUGCUCCCUUCACAUGGAGUGCUGCCUUCAAAUGGACUGCAGCCACAAGGUGUUGUCCUCAAAAGAUGAGCUUUCCUUCACAAGUAGUGCAGCCUUUGCAAGGAGUGGAGCCUUUGCAAGGAGUGCAGCCUUUGCAAGGAGUGCAGCCUUUGCAAGGAGUGCAGCCUUUGCAAGGAAUGCAGCAUUCAAAUGCAUUGCAGCCUUUGCAAGGAGUACAGCCUUCGCAAGGAGUGCAGCAUUCGCAAGGAGUGCAGCAUUCGCAAGGAGUGGAGCCUUCGCAAGGAGUGCAGCCUUCACAUGCUUUGCAGCCUUCGCAAGGAGUACAGUCUUAGCAAGGAGUGCAGCAUCGCAAGGAGUGCAGCAUUCGCAAGGAGUAGAGCCUUCGCAAGGAGUGUGGCCUUCACAUGGUGUGCAGCCUUCACAUGGAAUGUGGCCUUUGCAUGGAUUUCAGCCUUCACGUGGAGUGCAGCCUUCACAUGGAGUGAAGCCUUCAUAUGGAGUGUAG